AUGAUAGGUCACCUCUGUUAUCUUCGACUUCGAGCGCACUCUCGCGAUACAAGACCAUCGAACGUAGAGGCAGAUGUUGUACCAGAAACCUCCGUGCUGGGACGGAACUUAAGCUGGAAUGGCGCAUACAUCUUGACCAUAUCGCGGGUCCUUGGCUCUGGCAUAUUCGCAACUCCAGGUGUCAUCCUCGCCGCAGUCGGCUCUCCUGGGCUCUCUCUUGCACUUUGGUUAGUCGGAGCAGUACUAGCAUACUUUAGCAUGGCCAUUAUGCUCGAAUAUGGGUGUAUGCUGCCGCGGUCUGGGGGCGAGAAGGUGUACCUGGAGUUCACGUACAGGAAGCCGAAAUAUCUGGUCACCAUUUUGAUCGCUACACAAGCCAUCCUCUUUGGCUUGACUGUGAGCAACUGCAUUGUUUUCGCACAGUACACGCUCUUUGCGUUUGGAGUGGAUGGCACGGAGCUCCUCCGGAAAGCGCUAGCACUUGGACUACUUACGGCAAUCACAGUAGUGCAUACCUGUUUCAUGAAGACUGGAAUACGGAUACAGAACUUCCUUGGCUGGAUUAAGAUCGUCCUGAUUGUAUUCAUGAUCUUCAGCGGCCUAUUCGUGGUGUUUUUCAGGCAUGAUCAGCGAAGCACCGAGAACGUACACCUCGAAAAGCCGAGCACGGACAGCCUCGACUGGACAUGGCAUGGAUUCUGGGCUGGAAGCAUCUGGUCUUGGGGCGCCAUCGCCACAUCGAUAUUGAAAGUAUUUUAUUCAUUUGCUGGUCUCAAUAAUGUCAACAAUGUCCUGAAUGAAGUCAAGGAUCCAGUCCGUACGCUAAAGUCGGUCGCGGUCACAACUCUCGCCACUGCAUGCGGUCUAUAUUUGCUGGUCAACGUUGCCUACUUCUUGGUCGUUCCACUCGAAGAGAUCAAGACUAGCGGAGAGCUGGUUGCCGCUUUGUUUUUCGAACGAGUCUUUGGCGAUGCUGUAGGUCGACAAAUAUUACCCAUCAUGGUCGCCAUCAGUGCUGCUGGGAACGUGAUGGUGGUCGUGUUUGCUUACGCACGACUGAAGCAAGAAUUGGCCAGGACUGGUCUCAUGCCAUUCUCGAGAUUCUUGUCUAGCAAUGCGCCUUUCGGAUCUCCGAUCGGAGGUCUCAUAAUCCACUACAUUCCAACCGCACUGGUCCUUGCCAUUCCGCACGGCGAUUUAUACAGCUUUGUCUUGGAAGCUGAAGGCUACAUCGCUCAGCUUCUCUCGGUUUUCAUAGCAAUUGGGCUUCUGCGCUUGCGUUGGAAGCGACCUGAUCUGAACCGACCGUACAAAGCCUGGUUGCCUGGAGUCCUCAUAAGACUGAUCGUUGCUUUUGCUUUGAUUGUGGCGCCCUUCUUCCCAAGCCAGGCUCAACGCGCCAAAGGUAUACUUGGAAGCGCCGCGUAUGCACUCAUCGGCAUAUCUGUUCUGAUAUUUGGCAUCAUUUAUUGGCACAUCUACACCGUUGCUUGGCCUCGCUGGCGAGGCUAUAGACUUGAGGAUAAAACAGAAAUUCUGAAUGACGGCAAGCCAGAGACCUACGAACGCCCUCUCGCCACGGAAAACGUCAUCAUCCACGACGUAACAGGCGACGAAGAUAAAUAUACCCUUGACAGCCACGGCUUCCAAUUCGUGCCCAGCGUGAGCGUCGAGAAAGACUUCCUAGACGAAGACCAAAUCAAAAAUCAAUACUACAAAGAAGUCGACCAACUCCUCAAAGAUGUGACUGGAGCAUCCCGUACCUUCAUCUUCGACCACACAAUCCGUCGACAAGCCCAAGACACACGCGCCAAGAAAUCUUCCGAGGAGAAGGAAGAGAAACCCCCAAUCUCCCUCCGCGGCCCAGUCCGAAGAGUCCACAUCGACCAAUCCUACACCGCAGCAUUAUCCCGCGUUCCCUUCCACUUACCAAACGAAGCCGACACCCUUCUAAAAGGUCGAAUCCAACUAAUCAACGUCUGGCGACCGAUCAAACCCGUGCUUCGUGAUCCUUUAACUGUAGCUCAAGCGCAGACGGUCGAGGAGAAAGAUCUCGUACCUGUGGGAUUGAUUUACGAGAAGAGGAAAGGUGAGACGUUGAGUGUUAGGUAUGCCGAGAAGCAGAAAUGGUUUUAUAAGUACCAUCAGAGUCCUGAGGAGGCGCUUUUGAUCAAGUGUUUUGAUAAUCGAGCUGGGGUUGGGAGUGCGGAGAAGUAUAGGGAUAGGGCGAAGAGGGUGCCGCAUAGUGCGUUUGAGGUUCCUGGGACGGAAGAUCAGGAGGGGAGGGAGAGUAUUGAGGUGAGGGCUUUGGUUUUUCAUGAGGGGGAUUAUGAGUAGAUUGGAAAAUAAAUGUAGCUGGGCGUUUCCCGGGGGAAAAAAUGUAUUUUUAUUUUUUUUCUG